AUGGCCGAUAAAAUUACCAAAAUGAAUUAUAAUCAACGUGAUGAAUUCAAAUACGAUAUUUAUCGUGAUCUAUCAGCUGUAUAUGGGAACCAAGAUCAAAUUACACAAAAUAAACAAUAUUGUCAACUAGCUGAACAUAGCAUUAAAAGGAUAAAUGAUAAAAUUCGAUUAGCUAAAUGCUUAGCAAGCAAAGGAUACAACAAAAAGUUAGAAGAUUAUGAUGAAGCACUCAACGAUUAUAACGAGUCAUUAAAGCAGUUAAAGGAACUAUUGGGCAAUGAUAAUGAAGACAUUGCCCUAGUAUAUGAUAACAUAGCAAAUGUUUACUAUCGUCAAGGCAAUCGUGAUGAAGCUAUAGCAACGUAUGGAAAAUCUUUACAAAUUCGUGGUAUUAUUGAGGAAAAUCUCACCAAUGCAACCAUUAAAGUUGCCAAUACAUUUCAACAGAUAGCUGCGAUCCGUUGUAGUGACGAUCGGCAUGAAGAAGCGAUGAUUAUGCUUUAG